AGUCCCAGUAAGGUUUUAACAACAAAAGCCUUAACUUGCACAAGAAAACAAUACCCUGAUAAUGGUAAAAUGACACCACGUGCAAAUGGCCUACUCCAUUACGUUAGAAUACACUUUCUCACAAACUAGAAAACCCUCCCAGCGCGAACUUCACUCUCGGUAAUAUAAAACGCACAGUUUUUGGCCAGCCCUACUGUUAACCUCUGUCCGCAAAGAUUAGCAUCUAUCAACAGGCCCUAACUAUCUGGGUGACCUGUGCUGCACCCAUAACUCAGUUGUGUCUAAAAUCAAAUAUGGCGAUCUCCAGGAUCUCAGAGGGAUCGAGCAAGGAAUAUUCCAAGAUUCAGGGUUUCUUUGUACAUCGUUAUAAUCGGUAAGCAAACAGUUACAGUGUUACAUUCAUUGGACACUGCAGUACAAAUUGUAUUGCGAAAUCCGUUCUCGUCUCUCAUGGCAGCUGGGCAGUAACCCUUACAAGCUUGUGUUGUUUAUUUCAGGCCUACACAUAUUUAAUCGCUAGGAUAUUUACAGUCAAACGAAAUCGAGCCUUAUAACACUAGUGAAACUCAAGACAAUGUGAAUAAAAUAGUAUCGAACCUUCGUGCUAAAACCGGACCACAACACCUGUUUGAAUAUAAUUUGCAGAAUGUAGUAAAAACAAACAACAAGAACAAAAAAAACAUGUAUUUUAAAAUUAUUUUGAAGAUCAUCGAGGAACAUAGCCAAAGCAUACACACAGAAUUCUCUUACAGUCGAACCUCGACUCAAAUAGUAAAUAGUCCGGAUAAUCGAAGAUAUGAAUAUCAACGAGGCAAUAAUGUAAAAACAGGGAAUAGAGAAAACAAAAUUUCGUUACCAAUGAGGUCCUACUUGCAUUUUUGUACAGUCUGUAUGUUAUGUAUUUUCAAAUAAAAAAAAGGUCCUGUUUCACAUGUUCGUGCAUUCACAGCACUCUAAAAUGUUCAAGCAUACUAGUUUGUUUUAACGAACAACGUGGUGGCAUAGCAAAGUCCAUCAUUUGUCGAAGCUGCAUUAUUCGGAUAGGGUCGAUGUUGUCAAUAUUUCGCUGGCAUUUCGUUUCAAUCCUUCGCUCAUCUCGAUGCUGUCGGUGAAUUUCAGGACCUUCUCUUUGUUUUUGCGUAUACCUGAGAUCUGCUGCUUGCUGAUUUUAAACUCGAGUGCUAAAUUUGUUGUUCCUUUCUCGCCUUGCUCUAAAGGUGAAAUAAUCGUUUGCAUGUCAUUUGUUAAGAGAACAGACCGCUUUCGUCUCGUAAUGGUAAUAAAUUGCUUUAUUUGCAUGACCGCAUCAUUUUACAGUAUUGCAAAAGCAUGCAUAUGACAAUCAAAAUAUAAAACAAACAGCACUAACAAUAAUCUAGAAAAAUUCAGUUACAUUACUUACAGUGAAUCACAUAUUUUUAUACAGGAGGAAACAAACUUCAUAACUAACAUGAUGUUCCUUCGAAUUCAUUAUCAGUUUUUAUAUGCUUUCUGGAGAUGAUUUCUUGUCAAAGUCAGGUAUUAUUCGAUUGAUUUGAUUAAUAAAUGCCUGUCUCUGUACUGAGUAUUUGUUACAUUGAAAGAGGAAAUGAAUCUCAUCUUCCACCUGAUUUGAGUUACAUAAGGGACAUAAUCUAUUUUCUCUUUGCAAAUGAUCGAUUUGGUAUCGACCAUGUUCAAUCAUAAGUUUAUUUGUGAUUACUUACUUUAAAUUUAACAAAAUUCUGUCGUUCGUCAUAAUGUCUUAGCUGGUAGAGAUAAUCAGAUGUAGAAUAUUUGUCUUUAAAAGUUUUAUAAAAUUCUAGUUUUUUUGAAUUUUCAAGGCUGUGCCGCCAAAGAGAUAGAUAUUUCUCUCUCAUUUCUGUGGUAUAUCGUCUAAUUUUAUCAUUAUCUAGAGAUUCAGCAUCUAAACUGGUUAGAUUGUAUUGUUCAAACAUGUUUAUGAAAUUGGAAAAAUAUCCUGAAUGUAGAUUCUUUGACAUAAGGAAAGACUGUUUGACUAUAGAGUCAUUAUCUUUGUUGUUAAGGUAAACAAAAUAUUUCAUAAUUUUCUGAUUCAUCGGGAUAAGCAGCGGCACUCUAUCAAGUUCAGCUCUGCAAGCUAUGUGAGAGGCCUUAUUGUUAACCUCUAAGUAACGUUUACAGAAUUUGAGGUGGACUUUUUCUAUUGGGGAGCUAUCCCAUUUUUUAAAAUCUUGCUUGGUGUACACUCCCCAUACCUCACUGUUGUAACUUAAGAUUGGGAAUACCAUGGUGUCAAAAAUAUGGGAUGCAAUAUUAGGAUUAAGGUUGUUAAGAAUUGUCCGCUUCCGAAUACUGGAAAAUGCGUGAAGGGCCUUUUCUUUUAAGUGUUCGAGUGCAAGUGUAAAGUUUCCCGUUGGAGUUAAACGUGUACCUAAAUAAGUGUAUUCUUGGACAAUUUCAAUUGACUCACUGCCUAUGCUGAAUUUGAUGUCAAUAGAUUUUUUUGGGCGUUUCUGGAAUAUCAUAAUUUUUGUUUUUUUUCGGAUUAAUUUUUAGCUUCCAUUUGUCACAAUACAAGGAAAGCGCAUUUAAACAGUUCUGUAAUCCAGUUUUCGAUCUUGAUAGAAUAACUAAAUCAUCUGCGUACAAAAGUGAAUUUUUUUUUUCCCAUUUGGAAGAACAAAUGGGUCAGAUAAGGUGUUUUCGAUCAUAAAUGUGGUACAUUGUUUAAAUAGAGGUUGAAUAAAAGAGAGCUUAAAAUACAGCCUUGGCGUACACCUCUGGAAUAUGAAAAAGGCUGUGUUUUGUUUUCACCGAUUUUGAUGGAACAUGUCGAGUUGCAAUAAAGGCUUUUCAUGAGGUUGUACAAGUUUCCUCCUGUAUUUGUUUCGUAGACAUGGCAAUUGGUCUUGUGUCUACAUAACCCACACGGAAUCAAGCAUGACAUUCCCUUAGCAACAUAACAAUUCAGCCAUUCAGAAUUCAGCUGAAUGCAUCAGAAUAAUUGUUCAUUUUGUGCUGCUCACGCUUGUUCAAAGCAAAACAGAUUAAAAACACUGUUGUAAACUCACGUUUGGGGUAAUGAAAUGUGAAAUGGAAUAAUAAAAUUAAUGUCGGCAUAUAUCAGAAACAAAGUGUGAGUCAUCGAGACACUGUUGCAUUGCAAAGCAAAGGUAAUCACAGGAGUACACUGAAACAAAAAACCAUUGACCCUCCAUACUUGUUUGUGCAGCCCAAAGAUUGUUAAUUGCUGCAGUUUAUGUUGGUCUUUUCUGUCUAGUCCACAUAUUGAAAUAAAGGAUUCCGUAUUAUAAGCAAGCGAUUAAUCCUUCAAUCUCCACAGCAUGGUACUAAUGUUGUUGGAGAUGUAAACUUUAUUAUUCUCCUAGUUGAUCAGAGAAUUAAACUGUUGGACAUACACAACAAGGUUUUAAGAUUCAUCACAGGCCUUUUCCUCCGAUUGUCAAGCAGACAGCUUUUUUGAACAUAUAGACAACCUCAAGAUUGCAUGCCUCUUUCAGGUUUAGGGUUCAGUGUUGAUUUUCCUUCUUGAAUCCAGGGGGACCAUUACUUAUGCCACAUUCUGACAGACCACAUAAACAAUCACCGGCAGCAUCUUCUGGGGAAACCCAGGUAAAAAUGUGAGGCGGGAUCCCACCAAUCCCACCUGGGAUCCCAGGUUAAUCCCAGGUGGGAUCCCGCCAGAAAUAGGCGGGAUCCCUCCUGGGAUCCCGCCCGGGAUUAUGGAACGUCCCGGGAGGCAUCCCACCUGGGAUCCCAACUAGGAUCCCACCUGAAAUCCUGGGUGGGGUCCAAGAAACCAUCCCACCUGGGAUUUGUAAAAAUCCCGCCAAUCCUACCCGGGAUCCUGCCUGAAAUCCCGGGUGGGAUCAAAGAUAUCCCACCUGUGAUAUCAGAUGGGAUAUCCUACCUUUCCUGGCAGCAUCGAAUGCAGGUUGUUAAAUUGAUGGGAUCCUGCUAUCCCACCCUGUCAUACACAGGAAAUUGAUAUUUAUCGUAGAGGGAUUUGAAGACAUAUAACUUCUGCACCAUAUUUUUAACUUAAUCUGCAAAUUUAUUAGGAAAAUAGAGUUAAUAUACAUGUAAGUCUUGAAUAAAAUGCAACUUUAAUAAGUCUACAUAUACAAUAUUCAGUCAUUGCAGAACAUUCAAAUAUGUGAUUAAAUCUUUUGAAAAAAAAACCACAACAACACAAAUGCAGUAUUUUCAUGGAGAAGUCUCAUUCGAAACCCCAAGUUAAAGUUUGCUUAAUUUGCUUAUCGUGUAAACUUUUGGCUGAUGUCGUGCUCUUCAGUGCCAUACACUUUUCUUUUGACUGCAACGAAUAAGUAUCUGCAAACAGAAAAGUUGAGAUUUUAAGGCAAAUGAACACAAAAACAACCUGACGUUUUAGAAUUGAAACGAACGAGUAUCGAAACGUGAUCGAAGGUGACCGAUCCAACUUGUUCAGGUACGCGAAAAGGGGAGACCACACGGGUAAAUCGAAACUCAAGUUGAGAAAAACAUCACUUACCAACGUUAGGAAUACUUUUUGUUGAACCUGGCAGGAAAACGACUUUAAAUUGAAGUAAAAAGAAGCGUCUUCUUGUAAAGAUGCAUGCUUUACAGUUCGUCUUCUUUGACUUGAAAGUGCCCGCGUGGAAUCAGCCAAUUUUCACACCUUUUCAUUGGUUGAAAAGGCCCAUGUGACGAUAAAACGCUGAAUACGCAUGUGUUGAACUCACGGGCUUCCCUGGGAACUAGUGGAAACAAAAUGGCUGACAAACACCGAGGACUGCAGCUAGCGUUUCGCAGUUUUGACCAUGAAUUUCUAUUCAGGAGUCGUCCAUAAUCAAGACGAAGGAUCGAAGCUAAUAUAAAAGAAGAAAAUGAUGCAUGGAGGUAUCAUUUCAAGUGAAGAAACUCUAGGGAAAAGCUAGAAAGGAAAGUCAAGUCAGGAAUGAUGGAUGUAGCGAUUCAUUAAUGCUUUACAAAAAAUCUUCUCACUAAGAAACUAUCUGCAAGCACAAAAAAAUUGUAGUAAAUGAUUUUUAAGUUUUUUAGUUUUAAACACUGCUUUUUACGUUGGAAGUAUGCUUUUUGUGUGUUUGUAUAAAAUAAAUAUUGUUUUGUUGAAAGUCAUUUUUACAUGUAUGUACAGGACAAUUUAUGAACGAUGGUGUCAUUUUCUGCUUAUAAAAAAAUUUGUAAUUUAAUACAAUAAGUUGUCCUUUGAAAUUAAAUUGGGUACAGGAAGACGAUAAAUUCCAGCCGUAUUUUUAACUCCACAUGCAGAAAUGUAGAAUAAUAAGUUAAUUAGACUGCUUGCUAAGAUAUGUUUAACACAUAAUUAUAUAUAACCUACAUGGCUGUUAAAAGUCGUCUUAAUUAAGUUUGACUUAACUUUUGCAAGUAUGAAUAAAUCUUCUAAAAUCCCAGGUGGGAUCAUACAUGUGAAAUUAUCCCAAUGUUCCCAGGUGGGAUGUAUGUAAAGAUCCUGGGUGACAAUGUGUGAUCCCAGGUGGGAUAUGUGAAUCCCACCCAGGAUCCCGGGUGGGAUGUGUGAAUCCCACCCAGGAUCCCAGGUGGGAUGUGAUAAUCCCGUGUUUUAGGCGGGAUCCCAGGUGGGAUUAAUUUUUAAUCCCAGGUGGGAAUGGCGGGAUCCCGCCAUUAGAGGCGGGAUCCCGCUAAUCCCACCCGGGAUCCCAGGUGGGAUUAGCGGGAUCCCGCCUGACUUUUUACCUGGGAAGGAAGUGGAAACAUUAUUUUUACUUGUGGUACGUAAAUGCUUACAGUAGUCUAUUAUUUUGUGCACUUGAUAUGGGGUGUGCUGAAGUAUAAGCUGUUCACAUAAUUAUAUGCCAGAAUUGAAACCCAUCCCUAAUCUUAAAAGAAGAGCCAAAGGACCUUUUAGCAUUGCAGCUGGAUCUCAAAGGUGAAAACCAUACCUCAAGAUCUCACUGAUCCUUAAGAGAAUUAUGGGGACUGGUAAAAAAGCCCAUGACAGACACCGCCUCGGUUACAAUAAACAGGGUCAAUAAAGGAAUGAAAGGUAUCAAAUCACAGAAUGUAGUCCCUGCACGAUUUUUGCUCUGUAAAAGGUUGGUAAUGGCGAGAAAAGGUAGAAAAUUCUUCGGCUGGUGUUUUUGUAAGUUCUUAAUCUCACCGAGACUGGUCGGUUGUACCAGAUCAGUAUUGAUUUUAUGCCGUGGAUUUUUUUCCACACAAAUGGGGAGAAAAUCGCAAUGUCUAAGUUUUUUCCGGCUGCCUAAUCUGCACACACUGCUAAUUACCAGCCCAGAUGAUACCUUCUAAUGGCUAAGACAGAGACUUAAGAUUAAACCAUUUCAUGCCAGAAAUCAAUCUUUUCUCAGUGUAAUGAUUCCAUUCAUCUUCAGUCAAAAGCCUAGAGGACUAGACAUCCUACUAGUACAUUCACUGUAUUAGUGUUAUUUUUUGUAAUUGAAACCAUUCCUUCAAGAAGGAAGUUGGAUUCAAGUUUUGCUUGCGCAAAUAAAGGCGAGUUGUUCACAGUCAGAAAUAGGUUGCUCCAGCUUUUAAAGUGCAGUAUAAAAGAAGUUUUAUUGUAUUCAUUUUAUCCACACAGCAACUGUGUACACUGCUAGAGACUUUGCAGAAGAAACCAGUGCCACCCUCCAGUUAGCCAUGACAAGGUUAAGACAGGUUGGAAAUGGGCCAGUGUUUUGCUGUACUAGUUGA